CUCAGAUCGAUGCAUAGCAGACAGAAAAACAGUGUUUGCAAUGGAGGGGUCAACAGUGACCUAUACAAGAAAUCUAGAAUACAAAACAUCAAAAAUUAAGUUUGGAUGGUUGGAUGACUUAUUCGUCUAUGUCUGGACAUCUGACGGUUAUAUAGAACAAUAUAAAAUAUAUAAGUCUACUACUUAUAGACGAGUAUUGUACAACAGAACUAAUAUAGAUCUUCUGAUACGUCAUCCUGACAACAGGACUGUAGUGAGCAUAGAGUUGAAUGAUGUGAUGUUGAUAGAUGAUCGAAUGUACUUAACAUUAGCAGACAAAACACUAUAUCCUGAAAAUCCUGAAUUGGAAUGCUUCCACUUACAUGUAAUGGAAGAACUAAAGACUAAACCAAACGGAACACUGGAGGAAAAUGAGCCGUUGUACGUGUACGCACCGGAUAAACCACAUGUCAACGCAACAACACUAUGGCUUUUAGAUGGGUUAACAAGCGAUCAAACUGCGCUUUUUAUCCAGCAAGAUGAUUUUAUUUGGAUACCUCAAGUUAAUAAACAUCUUGAUGGGAAGAAUGUUACAUUCAGAACUAUACUAAACGAAACUGUCUUCGAUAAUAACUUUACUUUGAGUGUAAGAACUUUGACAAUACAAAUAUUCCCUGAAGAGCAAAUUUACAUUGUAACGGUGGGGGAUAAACUUCCGGUGAUCACGUGCUCAAGUAACUGUGCUCCAGCGUGUGUAGUGUCUUGGGGUAACCAUAGUUCAAAUAGACUUUUGUCACUGGGAACAGCCACGAAGGAAACCAACGGGCGAUAUACCUGUACAGCAAUUAGACUCGAUUCGAAAAGAAAGGUUGAAAUAAGCGUAACUGUUCAUGUUCAAGAUAACAACAAUAUAUUGAUGCAAGGCAUAUUAAUGAUAGUGAUUGUAGGUUUUGCUUCUGGUCAAGUUCUAACGCUGCUAGUGUUCGGACUGUGUGUUUUAGUCGUGUGUAAAAGAAUCAACAAAUUAUCUUCUAAAACAAGUUCGGAUACGGCUACAAACAAGCAGUAUGGUGCCAAUAUGACUGAAGACACUGUGGGAUAUCAGUUAACAACGACAAGUCCAGCACUCGAGAAUUACGAUUCUUUAAAUCCAAAUGAAAUCUAUGACACAGCAACUUAAAGUCAUUAAACAUUUCUCUACGUCUAUUGACAUUUUAGAAGUGAACAAACAAUUCUUAACCUCUACAAAUAUUGAUCCAGUUACAAGAAUGAGCCCAUAAACAAUGCCUGAACUUGAUUCAACGGAUGCCAAAAUACACAAAAAACAGAAGAUGCUUUGGGUCUUUUUUGGAUUUGUCCAAUUGAAUACUUUAUAGAUAAGAUGAAGCUCUAGUUAUUUUAUCAGUUGUGUACUUUGGAAAGCUAAAAAAGAAUCAAAACUAUGUUCAUAAAA